AUGAAAUCAUUCUUCUCGCGUGUCGUUAACGUGUGGAAGACACAGCGGCUGCCGCGUUCGAAGGUUGACUGCUCGGAUUUUGUGCGGGCGCGGCCCGAGGCCCCUGUCGUCGCCCGGCUGCGUCAAGUCGUACAGGAGCGCCGAUUUGGUGGCGGAGCUGCAGACGUUGCGCCCGCAGACGCCAACUCCGCGGAGGCGCUGCGGAGGGAGGCGAGUGUGCGGAGCACUGUCUUCGACCUGCAGUACCGCUGCGGCGGGGCGGGCCGCUGCGUGGAGAACGACUACCGCUGCCGCUUCCCCUGCUGCUUCGCGAUGCGGCCAGUGACGAAAGGGGCGGAGGUGCUUGCCGAGCGUCUCGCGUACGAGGUGGACGACGCGCCGACGCCACAGAUACGGAAACUGGUGCGCCUUGCCAGGGAGGAGCGACUGGACGCAGCUAUCAAGGGCAUCCAUCAGCUCGCCAGCGCGCAGAUACGCGAGGCGGCGAGCGGCCGGACUCUGCUGGCGGCGCUGCAGCUGAACCGGGCGCAGCAGCAGACUCAGCAGCAGACUCAGCAGCUCAGCGUUGACGGCUUCAAUCCCGCCGAUGCUAAGUACGGCAGUGACAGCGCGGUGGAGGGCGUCAACCCGCUUCUCGAAAGCGAGUCCCUGCGCAGGGAGGUCAUGGCGCUCUACCUCUGGCGCGCUGCGUUGCUGGUGAACGUGCGGGCUGACGAGCAGGCGGUGAACUCGCUGCUUAACUUGGCGGCAUUGGUGCCGCAGGAUCAUCGCGAGUGCCUGUAUACGGCUGCCGCCGCCUGGGCCACGCUGAACGACAUGGAGAUUGUCUACUAUCGUUCACUGCUGCAGCAGUACGCCUCCUUCCCGGCGGCGCAGGCGUUUGCCCGCGACCGCCCACUGCUGCUGAAGCGAGUGUUUGAGGCGUGUGCGGAGUCGCCGUAUUUCGUGGCGUGCGCAACGCACGUGGUCUUCUCGAAGGAAGUCACCGCGACGGUCUCGCGUGCGCAGGGGGCGCAGAUGUACGGCGACCUCACGGAGGACCCGAUGAAGAGCUUAUGCAUCCCAUUUGCCAUGCGCUACUACCGCUUUCACGUCAGUGAGGCCUUCUGGGAGCAUUUUAUACACCUUCUCUGCAUGCCACCGGUGCCCGCGCCCACCACCGCCGAGGAACGUGCCUGCGAUCCCGCCGAGCAGCUGGGUCUUACACCAAACUACAUGCUGGACGCCAUUGGCCGCUCCAUGAUGUUGCACCACCUUGUUAUGCUGCACGAGGCGCGCGAGCGCGACAUUGUCAGCGGCACCGUCGCGGAUGCCGUGAAACAGACGAAGGCGGAAAGGGACGAGGAGGCCGGCGUGCAUUCGUCACGCUACGAACACGUGCUUAGCGAGCAGGAAUGCGGUGUUGCUGUUGCGCGACUGCGUGAGCUGUUGUCCCUUGCGCGUUCCUACCAGAAGCCGGCGAAGCCGUUGGACGACGACGGCGGCAGCGGCAGCGGCGGUGCCACAGGAGCGCAAGGGCGCAUAGUGGCUGAGUCGGAGACGUCGACGUCUGCCGCUUCCGCCACUGACAGGAUGCCGCUCCACUAG